AUGUACACACCACAGUUGAAGUACUCAGAACUCUCCUUGGAACAUCGUUGUCCCUCUCCUGGACGUGUUUACUCCCAUUCUCAUAGUCCCGACUCCUUGACAGAAGCCCGCGUAGCCUUGAAAAAAGUCGCUUGGGUGAUUAGCGAGCUUCUAGAGACGGAGGUGGCCUAUUUGGAGAGUCUGCGAGAUAUCAAAGAGGGCUAUUACCUCCCACUGAUUGCGGAGGGAAAGUUUGAUGCGACCACGUUGGACAUCGUCUUCAGCAAUAUAACCCAACUACAUGCAUUCCACCAAAUAUUCUCGAACGAGCUGUAUCGAAAUCGGGAUGACCUCGUAGGUCUGGCUGAUGUGUUCUUGGAACGUGCAACCGAUUUUGAAGGACUCUACGUGGAGUUUUGUACAGAACAUUCCCUAUCCAUUCAGACGCUGGAACACGAGAGCCACUUGCAGUCGGAAUUGUGGGCCUCCAUUCUCGCCUGUCAAUCCCGUCUUGGACACCUCCUCCCACUGGCUUCUUAUCUGUUAAAACCAGUUCAACGUGUCCUCAAGUAUCAGCUCCUUCUUCAAGAGCUUGUCAAAGGCUACACAUUAGCUGGACUGGGUCAAAAUCAGAGUAUAUUCAACGGAGAUCCUAACUCCGUUGUUAAACAUCUUCAAAGCGCCCUCGAACGUAUGAUUCAGGUGGCCACCCACAUUAAUGAAGCCAAGCGCCGCCAUGAACUCAUUGGUCAGCUGCGAGCCAGUGGCCUUGACGUCGACCAAUGGGGUUGCCUCCUGCUGCGUGAUGUCUUUCGAUUGCCCGCCAAAAAACACGCUUGCCGAUUGGUUCUCCUCUUUGAACGGGCCAUUCUGUUGGCGAAGAAGUUCUCCUACGCUGGAAACAACUCAGCACCUAAUCUCAAGGACUUGCAAUCACCUGGAGAGGGGUCGCAGUCCGUGCUGGAGAUUCGUGAUAUUAUUAGUUGUAACAAUCUAAUGUUGAUUGAGUGCAUUGACAAAGACCCGUUGGCCUUCCACAUACUCCCCUUUAACAAUCCCAAUGCCCAAAAGACCCUGCAAGCAGCGAGUACAGAGGUGAAGCAGUUGUGGUGUCGAGAGAUAAAAAGGGUAAUUUUGGAGAACUUUGAUGCUGCGAUUCCAGAGAAAGCAAAACAUUUGAUGCUCCACAUGGAAGACCUCUGCCCUCGUCCAAAAUUGUCUGAUGCUGGAAGUCAGAUGGGAUUGCAAUCAGUUGAUGAAUCUGAGGAAGAGCAUGCUCCUCGAAGAAAAGGAUCUAGUGUCUUGACUGCUAUCUUCAAACGUCGCAAUCGUACUGCGAGAUCCUCUUCAAAGCUGCAAGCAAAUGAGAAUCCCCCUCCUCUCUCUUCCACAACACCCAACGACAGCGAUGGCAGUGAUAAUCCCUGUGAUGGUAGCGACGCUGAUGAGGAUGACGCAGAACAUGUGGCACUGGUACAGGACGCUUGGAACGCUCUAAUGGCAAAGCAUUCCUCUUCCUCCUCCUCUACUGGUGUCGCACCAACCACGGCUGUCACAACCCUUUUUCCAAGCACGCCUACCGCAUCGGAGAAGCAACUGGAGGUGAAUGGUGUGGAAGACGAGGAUGAGGAGGAUUUUCGGUGCAUUGCGGUGGAGAUAAAUGAGGAAAGAUUUGCAGUUGACCUGAUCCCACCGCAAAAAUUACCCGAGUUCAAACCCACCUCACCACCGAAAGGUCCGCCAGUUACGCACCCUAGUAUCCUCUCUACAGGUCGACAGUACGGCUUAGCGCACAACCCUACCGGUGCCUCAAUCUUUAUCGAAUGCCAGGAGGCAUCACAGUACGAUACGGUGACCUUUGGUCGUGCCUAUGAACAGUACAUCGCCAAAACGCGUUCCAUGGCGACUCUAUCGCCAGGAGAAGUGGACGAGAUCCUUCGACCUCUGCUCACCCUCACGGAGGACCAAAAUCAUCACAGUGGGCCCUGGGCCAGUGGAAAAGCGGGAGUUUUAAACGAAGAGACUAAUGACAAUCGGGUGCCGACUUUGGCAAGCAGUGAAGACUGCUCGGAUGCCUCGUCUUCCACUUCUUGCACCUCACCAAUGUCCGCCUGUCAACUUGUCAGUCGGAUUGCAAUUGAUUCGAUCAGUGACGGUACCAAUGUUGGUGAUGACAGUGGUGGUGGUCGACUGACAUCUCCGACUCUUGGAAAGGCGUAUCGACCUUCCCAAUCGCGUGCCACUACUCAAUCGUGCCCUGCAAAGGUGACACCUCGCCCAUCGACUGCGUCUUUCGUUGUGCGAAACGACUCUUCAAGGUCACCGACGAUGCGCAAGUUUAGUGCACCUCAAGCGUCCACGAGGGUUCAACACUCCAAGCCGCCGAGAAAUCUCGGAGCAUCGAGGGUAGAUGUUGCGCCUUCGCCAAGAUCUAACCCACUGACGAAUGGAUCUAGAGUCAAGGCAACCUCUCGAGCAAAUGGCACAACACCACUAUCCCCGAAGUUACCUCCAAAUACAACGUCGACACAAACGAGGGUUCCCAACGAGGAAGCUGCUUCUCUGUGUCAAGGUCGUUUUCGUGCUGCAGUGGCGACCUUGAGACCCUCUGAAGGUCGAGACGUCUCCGUCACCACCAAUAGAGCCUGGAGCAGGCCAAGCAAGCCUCCACGCAGGCCUGGGUCUUCUGCAAAGCCAACUGAAUGCAAAGAUGAAAAUGGGCCUAUGGGAACUUCAACACUUCCCACAUCACCCGUGAUGACGUCAGCAUCAAUCAUGACCUCCACCGUGGUCCCCACCGUGGUCCGAAGUCAAGGUCAUGUAAGACACCUCAUUGACCGCUUCCAAAACAAUUAA